AUGCCGUCCAUUCACCCCGCCAUUGAUAACGGUAUCAAGAAGGGUGACCCCAACUUUUCCGGGGGCAAGCUCUACUGCCAUUGCCCCUCCAAGAAGGUCGAAGUGACCCUUGCUAGCAACGUCGCACACAACCAUGCUUGCGGCUGCUCGAAAUGCUGGAAGCCCAAAGGCGCUCUCUUCUCCGUCGUUGGCGUCAUUCCCAAAGACGCCGUCUCCGUAACUGCCAACGGCGAUAAGCUACAUAUAAUCGACGAGUCCGCAGCCAUCCAACGCAAUGCCUGCAAGGAUUGUGGAGUCCAUCUCUUCGGCCGCAUCCUUAUCGAUCAUGCAUUCACCGGCUUAGACUUCGUACAUACUGAGCUCAGCGAUAAGGAAGGAUGGCAAGAGCCCCAAUUCGCGGCGUUCGUCAGCAGCAUCAUCGAGCAAGGCUUCAACCCGCAGGAAAUGGAUGCUGUAAGAGAGAAGUUCAGGAAAGAGGGACUGCAGACAUACGAUGUGCUGAGUCCGGCGUUGAUGGAUCUCAUCGCCACAUUUACUGCGAAGAAGAGUGGAAAGCUUUCAUCGAAGUUGUAG